AUGCUAUUUGAGAAUUUUUCAAGUGCUGAAUCAUUUGAGAUAGCGAACGAUUUGAAUGAGUCAUCACUACAUCAAGCGUCAAUCACGUCUUAUCUUACAUCAACAUCGACGACUAUUUUGUCUGAUGAAAAUUCAGCUCAUAAUUCCAAUCGUUUACAAACAACUCAAAUAGCUAAUUCAUACGGUAUGCUUUGUGUUAGCAUUUAG